GGGCCCGGCCCGGCCCCCCAUGGUGCGGCAUGUCGAAGACGCUGCGGAAGAAGCGGCACUGGCUCAGCAAGGUGCAGGAGUGCGCCGUGUCCUGGGGGCCGCCGCAGCCCGGCGGGGCGCCCGACCCGGACCUGCUGCGGGGCGGCGCCGAGCUCGGCGAGUUCCCCUACCUGGGGGGCCGCCUGCUGCUGGGCGAGCUCGGCGGGCCCGGCCCGGUGCUGCUCUCCGGCAAGCCCCCGAGCCCCGGGGACGUGCUGCUGGAGGUGAACGGCACCCCCGUGAGCGGCCUCACCCACCGCGACACCCUGGCCGUCAUCCGCCACUUCAGGGAGCCCGUGCGCCUCAAGACCGUGCGCCCAGGAAAAGUGAUCAACAAAGACUUGCGUCACUACCUGAGCCUGCAGUUCCAGAAAGGCUCAAUAGACCAUAAACUCCAACAGGUGAUCAGAGACAAUCUUUACCUGAGAACCAUCCCAUGCACUACAAGGGCUCCCAGGGAUGGGGAGGUCCCAGGGGUGGACUAUAAUUUCAUUCCUGUUGAACAGUUUAAAGCAUUGGAAGAAAGUGGAGCCUUGCUAGAAAGUGGAACAUAUGAUGGUAAUUUCUAUGGUACACCAAAGCCUCCAGCAGAGCCCAGUCCCUUUCAGCCAGACGCAGUGGAUCAAGUUCUUUUUGACAAUGAUUUUGAUGCAGAAUCCCAGAGAAAAAGAACAACGUCAGUCAGCAAGAUGCAAAGAAUGGAUAGCUCUCUCCCUGAGGAGGAAGAGGAGGAAGAAAAGGAAGCGGUUAAUGGCAGUGGAGGUGCAGAAAACAGAGAGAGACAUUCAGAUUCUUCUGACUGGAUGAAGCCUGUUCCUAGUUACAACCAGACAAGCAGCUCCAUGGAUUUCAGAAAUUACUUGUCAAGGGAUGAGAGCCUAGAGCCUCUACCCAAGAACUGGGAGAUGGCCUACACAGACACAGGCAUGGUCUACUUCAUAGAUCACAACACCAAGACAACCACUUGGCUUGAUCCUCGACUCUGUAAGAAAGCCAAAGCUCCUGAAGACUGUGAGGAUGGAGAACUUCCUUAUGGCUGGGAGAAAAUAGAAGACCCUCAAUAUGGAACAUACUACGUCGAUCACAUUAAUCAGAAAACCCAGUUUGAAAAUCCAGUAUUGGAAGCCAAGAGAAAAAAACAGCUAGGACAGACUGAUGUUGGCCCUUCAAAACCAGAAUCAGAGAAGUCACUCUUCACCAGAGAUCCAGCCCAACUUACAGGAGCCCUUAUACGGACAUCAUUGAAGAAAAGCACUAUGGGAUUUGGUUUCACAAUCAUUGGUGGAGACAGACCGGAUGAGUUCCUCCAGGUGAAGAAUGUGCUGAAAGAUGGACCUGCUGCGCAGGAUGGGAAAAUUGCGCCAGGUGACGUCAUUGUAGACAUAAAUGGCAGCUGUGUCCUUGGCCAUACCCAUGCAGAUGUUGUUCAGAUGUUUCAGCUAGUUCCUGUCAACCAGUAUGUGAAUAUGACUUUGUGUCGGGGUUACCCGCUUCCUGAUGACAACGAAGAUCCUGCUGUAGACAUGGUUACAGCUACACCCAUCAUCAAUGGCCAGCCAAUGACCAAGGGAGAUAUCUGCAUAACCAGCCAAGAUUUAAUACCUGGAACAGUUAUUUUAGACCAUAAUGGGAAACCGGGUCACAUUUUGGUCAAUGGUCGCCUGAACAGCCCUUCCAUGGACCCAAAUGAACAGAGGAUCUCCGUAUCUUCUCCAGGAGGCUCCCAGCCGGAACUGAUCACUAUUCCUCUGGUCAAGGGCCCUAAAGGAUUUGGGUUUGCAAUUGCAGACAGCCCUACAGGGCAGAAAGUGAAGAUGAUUUUAGACAGCCAGUGGUGCCAUGGCCUUCAGAAGGGAGAUGUAAUCCAAGAGAUUUACCAUCAGAACGUACAGAACUUGACACAUCUGCAGGUGGUGGAGGUGCUGAAGCAGUUUCCAGUGGGAGCUGAGGUCCCACUGCUUAUCUUAAGAGGAGGUCCCCCCUCACCUGCUAAAACUGCCAAAGUGAAAGCAGAUAAACAGGAGAAUUCAGGAAGCUUAGAGGCUAUCAGUGAUUCCAUUCCGCAGCCUAUGCCAUUCCCACCUACUGCUGUGAGGUCAGGUUCUCCAAAACUAGACCCUUCAGAAGUCUAUCUGAAGUCUAAGACAAUAUUUGAAGAUAAGCCUCCAAACACAAAGGAUAUGGAUGUUUUCCUGCGAAAACAGGAGUCUGGGUUUGGCUUCCGCGUGCUCGGAGGGGAUGGACCAGACCAGUCAAUAUAUAUUGGGGCCAUCAUCCCACUGGGAGCGGCAGAGAAAGAUGGCCGACUCCGAGCUGCUGAUGAGCUGAUGUGCAUUGAUGGAAUCCCUGUCAAAGGGAAAUCACACAAACAGGUCCUGGACUUAAUGACCGGUGCUGCGCGGAAUGGCCAGGUGCUGCUCACUGUCCGGAGGAAGAUCUUCUUUGGCGGCGAGAAACAGCCAGAAGAGGAGGAGUCGCAGCUGCCCAUUUCCACUCAAAAUGGAUCUCCUCGGCUGAACCGGGUAGAGGUCACAAGCAGACAGCCCCCAGAAGCCUAUGAUGUCCGGCUACAGCGGAAAGAGAAUGAAGGAUUUGGCUUUGUCAUCCUCACCUCAAAAAACAAACCUCCUCCUGGCGUGAUUCCCCACAAGAUCGGGCGUGUAAUUGAAGGAAGCCCAGCCGAUCAGUGUGGGAAGCUGAAAGUGGGAGACCGUAUCUCAGCCGUGAACGGGCAGUCAAUCGUAGAGCUGUCCCAUGACAGUAUAGUGCAGCUGAUUAAAGAUGCAGGUCACGUGGUCACCCUGACUGUCAUUGCUGAGGAAGAGCACCGUGGCCCCCCUUCAGGAACCAACUCUGCCAGACAAAGUCCAGCCCCACAGCACAGACCUAUGGGAACAACACAAGCCAACUCUGCAACAGCAGACAGGGGAGUCACGGAAGAUGAAGCUGGAAGAGAACUUUCCAACAGUUACAGGCUUCCCUGGCCUGAGCACAAGCACUUGCCGCAGCCCGAUGGCAGCGUUCUUUCCAUUGUAGGCAGCCGUCCUUCUCAGAGUCUUGGCUGUUCUCCAGUAGAACUGGAACGAGGCCCUCGGGGUUUUGGAUUCAGUCUUCGCGGAGGAAAGGAGUAUAACAUGGGCUUAUUCAUCCUUCGACUUGCUGAGGAUGGGCCUGCUAUCAAGGAUGGAAGAAUUCACGUUGGUGACCAGAUUGUUGAAAUCAAUGGCGAACCUACCCAAGGUAUCACUCAUACACGAGCCAUUGAGCUGAUUCAAGCAGGAGGAAAUAAAGUUGUUCUUCUUCUGAGACCAGGGACUGGCUUGAUACCAGAUCAUGGUGAUCAAGAUAGUUUUAAUCCAUCAUCCUCAAAUAUAAUAUAUGAUGAACAGUCACCAUUACCCCCCUCUUCAGUAUGUGAUUUACCAGUACUGGAAGAAGCUUUAGCACAUGUUCACAUAUCUGAGAAACUGGAAGAAGCUAAGAACACUGUGCCUGACAAGAAAAGCACUUUAACUGAAAACCAGUCUGAGCUGAAGCAUCUGUCUUCUACCCAGAAGCAUAUGAAGAGAUGGGACCAGCCUACUAGUUUAGGGUAUAAGCUGUCAAAAAAUAAUUUAGAAUUAGUAACUGAUGACAUCAUUAGGAGAGACAGAUCUGAGAGUCCAAAAAGAUUGGGCACAUCUGGGGAAUCGCAGCAAGUGGGGCUCCACAGUCCAAGGAAAGGUGAGAGACAAAACACACACAGCAAUCUCUCAGACCAGUCUGAGCAUCCCAGGAGAGGUGAGAAUACACACUCAGAAAUCAAUUUAAAAGAAACUUUGAGAGCAAACCAAGGCAGAUCUGUCAGUCCCCAAAAGCAUCCCAAAAAAGAAGAAAGUGGGGACAAAUCAGACAAGUUACUAGAGACUCAAGAUAAAAUAGCUGGUGGUGGUGAUGUUGAGACUAUUGAGCUGUUCAAAGAUGGAAAUGAAAAAUCAGGAGUAACACAGCAAGACACAAAGCAGAACAUUGCUGGAAAGAAUAAGAAGUGGUCUCAAGAGAGAAAAAAACCAAAAGUGGAUGAAAAGACUCUUCCACUAAAUAAGGCCAAUGAGCCUAGGAGAAAAGUAGAUGAAGAUGAAAAAGUAAAGAAAGCCAGUGCUGGAGAGCCAAGUUCUAGCAACUUCAAAACUGCAAGUCUUUCUGAUGUUUCACAGCUUUCCAAGGAAAAAAAAAGUAGGCUUGAAACACAAGAUCCAGUUAUUCUGAACAAAGACCACACAGAAAAAGUCUUGGAGCCAACUGAUGAAACCAAAGAUGAUGGAAUUUCAAAAACUGAAUGCAGCUCUCCAGUCAAGAAAGCACCAAUAACUCCUGGACCUUGGAAGGUACCAAGUGCAAGUAAAGUCACAAAAGCAACAGGUGUCACUGAAAAACCAGUUUGACAAACAUUUUCAGAACAUGUUUUAAUCAGGUUUCUAAUCUGGUCAAUUAAAAGCAUCUUUUUUCCACAAAGUUGUCAUUUUUCAGAAACUAACUCUAGAGGCUGGACAGUACGUUUGAUCUUAAACUUAACUAAGCUGCAUGAAGGACCUUUCAGAUUGCUUGUAAGCAACUCUUCCAUAAGCUGCUGUCCCCUCGUCCUUUUGAAGGCAGUGUCCUGCUGCUCUCUCAACAUUGCACUGCUAAGGCUUUCUCAGAUAGUAUUGUGAGAUUCUGAACAAACUUUCUUAAUGCUUGUAUUGCCAAUGUGAUCAUGACUCACUACUUCUUCUUGUGCCAAGUUAUCUACUGUAGCUAAUCAAUUUCAUCCUCCUUGUACGUUUUUCCCAGACACAGCAAAGCCAAGAUUUUGUUUGAAAAUAGCUAUUUUCUCAAAGGCAUGUCGCAUGUUUAUAUAGGGGAAUAAUUCGAGUUCUCACAACUUCAGUAAGAAGGUGAGUGUGCUGGUUCUAUCAACUCUAGGGCAGCAAAUGAGCCACUGAUGCUGCCCCACUGGCUUCUUUUCUUAAAAGUUCCUAAUACCUAAUGUGACAUUUAAAGAGAGAAUUGCAUUUUGUUCUGAUCUAUGGGAUCAGUUUUGCUUUCUAUUAGCAUAGCAAAACAAAAUGUUUAAUAUGCUUAAUUCAUUUAAGGUAAUUAUAGUAACUAUCUGCAAAACACAUAUUGCAAACAAUUUUGAAGACUAAGUGGUGAAAUCAUGGCCCUGUUAAAUUACUGGCAAAAAUAUCCAUUGACUUCAGCAGAGCCAUGAUUUUACCUUGUCAGUUCUUUAGAAAUAAGGAAUGGACUUGGUGCUAUGCUUUCAACCUCCCUCUGGUACUGUAUGUCAAAGCACCACAUACUGUAUGUUUUAAAAACACGUGGAAAUGUCCCAUCUUUACUUGUAAAACUAAAAAUUGAUAUGUAAAAGUAGUAUUUGAAACAGCAAAUCCUGCUGUUGCAAACACAGACAGAACCAACCACCACCAACAGCUUCUUUUAAAAGUCCCUCUGACCUGUGCCUACUAUUAGAAGUCUCCUGUGUUUUGUAUGUGUGUAAUUGCUUUUGGGUUGAGUGAGAAACAGAUGACAUACAGGGUACAUGAGACUUAAUAUCUAUUGUUUGGGCUUUAAUAUGUAUUUCAAUAAUGUUGAGGAAUGUUAACAGAUGAUAUUUUUAUAGCAGUCUGCAGAAAUUUCAUGGAUUGAUUUACUCAGUAGCAUUCUUAAUGGAUUUGAUUUCCUGACCUGUGCUAAGUUUUCAAUGACUGAAAAUAAAAAACAGUAAAAGGAGCUGGGCCAGUUCCCAAAAGGAGAGGAAAAAUGGUAAGGAAAGUCAAGAUCAGUUUCUGGACCCUCAUGUUAAACUAAUCUGACUUGCUCAUUAAAAAUAUAACUGAGCAGCUAAGUUGAUUAGCCUCACUAAACUUAAAAAAAAAAAAUCAGUUCUGACUUGAAGCUAGACACUUUUGAAAUAGACAACUACUGAGCAGCAGGCUUAAAUGAACAGUUCUAAAAUAAACAGAUUUUAAAGCACAUCUGAACUGCCCUCUGCUGCUUCACAUUUUAUGAAUCCAUCAAUUUGCUGUAGCAUAAACUGUACAAAUCCUCAAUAUUGUAGAGCUUGACUGUGAAAAUAUUUGAGUUAGCCUAUGUAGAUAUUAAUCCUGUAUUCUUGGUUGAUAAACCUGUGGGAUCCUCUUUAAGUAAGGAGUAUGCACUUGUUCUAACCAUUGAGAAUAGUACCAAAUUCAGAAAUUUAAUACUGAGAUGAAUUAGCACCAUUUCAAUGGUUAACAGUCAGCAAGUACCCAUCCAUCCAAAUGUUGUUUUCUGAUUGUUAACAUUGUGACCUGCUUUGGUGUCCUCUGUGAGUCUUUUCUAGAGAACUUGUACCUGUACUUACUGUAUAAGAUGACUUAGCAAUGUGGCCUUGGAAUGCUAACAUAUGGAUGUAAAUGUUUAUAUAUUGUACAGCACCUUUAUAUAUACACACUUCUGAGGUUCUGACUAGAGACCUGUAAAUCGCUCAUUAUUUUUUAUAUAGAUAUAUUAAAAAGAAACUCCCAUUCA